GUACUGAUCACUGACGUGAAUGACAACAGCCCCCGCUUCGAGAAGAGCAUCUACGAGGCAGACCUGGCAGAGAACAGCAGCCCCGGCACCCCCAUCCUGCAGCUGCGAGCCACCGACCUGGACGUCGGGGUCAACGGGCAGAUCGAGUACGUCUUCGGGGCAGCCACCGAGGCUGUCAGGGGCCUGGCCCGGCGCGUCUUGCACCGCAUCGACCGGGAGGAGGUGAACCAGCUUCGCUUCACUGUCAUGGCCCGAGAUCGGGGUCAGCCCCCCAAGACGGACAAGGCCACGGUCGUGCUGAACAUCCGUGACGAGAACGACAACGUGCCCACCAUCGACAUCCGGAAGAUCGGGCGCAUCCCGCUCCGCGACGGGGUGGCCAGUGUGGCCGAGGACGUGCUGGUGGAUACCCCCAUUGCCCUGGUGCAGGUCUCGGACAGGGACCAAGGCGAAAAUGGUGUGGUGACCUGCACUGUGGUGGGCGAUGUGCCCUUCCAGCUCAAGCCAGCCAGCGAGGGUGAAGGGGAGCCGCAGAACAAGCGCAAGUAUUUCCUCCACACCUCCGCCCCUCUGGACUAUGAAGCUGUCCGUGACUACAACGUGGUGAUUGUGGCUGUCGACUCAGGCAGCCCUAGCUUGUCCAGCAAUAACUCCUUGCUGGUGCGGGUCGGGGACACUAAUGACAACCCCCCUGUGUUCAGCCAGGCCGUGCUGGAGGUCUCUUUCCCAGAGAACAACUUGCCCGGUGAGAGGGUGGCCACGGUGGUUGCCACAGAUGCGGACAGUGGUAAGAACGCCGAGAUAACCUACUCCCUGGAGGCCUCACCCAUCUCCUCGGAGUCACCAGGAGGCAUCUUCAGCAUUGACCCUGACUCUGGGGAUGUGUCGGUGCAGGCGGUGUUGGACCGCGAGCAACGCGACACCUAUGAGUUCCAGGUGACAGCCCGGGACAAGGGAGUGCCAUCGCUGCAAGGCUCAACCACGGUGGUGGUGCGGGUGGCGGAUCGCAAUGACAACGAGCCACGCUUCAUGCAGGAUGUGUUCACUUUCUACGUGAAGGAGAACUUGCAGCCCAACAGCCCCGUGGGCAUGGUGACUGUGAUGGACUUUGAUAAGGGCCGCAAUGCUGAGCUCAGCCUCUCCAUCCAGCCCAGUGACCACGAUCAGGCAACUGGCAUCUUCUCCAUCGAGAAUGACACUGGAACCAUUUUCUCCACUGUCUCUUUUGACCGGGAGCAGCAGACCAGCUACACUUUCAAGGUGAAGGCAGUGGAUGGAGGCGAGCCACCACGCUCUGCCACUGCCACCGUGUCCCUCUUUGUGAUGGAUGAAAAUGACAAUGCACCCACAGUCACCUUUCCCAGCAACAGCUCCUACACCGUGCUUCCACCCUCCAGUAACAUGCGCACCGUGGUGGCCACAGUGGUUGCCACUGAUGCCGACACUGGUCUCAAUGCUGACCUCAAUUACAGCAUUGUUGGAGGCAACCCCUUCAAACUUUUUGAGAUCGACCCAGCCAGUGGUGUGGUGUCACUGGUGGGCAAGCUGGCCCCCAAGCACUAUGGCCUGCACCGCCUCGUGGUGCAAGUGAAUGACAGCGGGCAGCCACCUCAGUCCACCACUGCCCUGCUCCACGUCUUUGUCAACGAGAGCUUAUCCAAUGCUACUGUGGUGGAAAGCCAGGUGGCCCGCAGCCUCCAUACGCCCCUGGCCCAGGACAUUGCUGGUGACCCCAGCUAUGAGCUGAGCAAGCAGAGGCUUAGCAUAGUCAUUGGUGUGGUGGCCGGCAUCAUGACUGUCAUCCUCCUCAUCCUGGUGGUGGUCAUGGCUCGCUACUGCCGCUCCAAGGGCAAACAUGGCUACGAGGCCGGCAAGAAAGACCACGAGGAUUUCUUCACCCCACAGCAGCACGACAAGGCCAAGAAGCCUAAAAAGGACAAGAAAGGCAAGAAGGGCAAGCAGCCCCUCUACAGCAGCAUUGUCACUGUAGAGGCUUCCAAGCCCAACGGGCAGCGCUAUGACAGUGUCAACGAGAAGCUCUCAGACAGCCCCGGUAUGGGACGGUACCGCUCGGUCAAUGGCGGCCCGGGCAGCCCUGACCUGGCCAGGCACUACAAGUCGAGCUCGCCACUCCCCACUGUCCAGCUGCACCCGCAGUCCCCCACCGCCGGCAAAAAGCACCAGGCCGUGCAGGACCUGCUUGGCGCCGGUGACAACAUCUCCAUCGGGUCAGACCACUGCUCCGAGUACAGCUGUCAGGCCAGCAGCAAGUACAGCAAGCAGGUAAGAGCGUUGCACCCGCGCCGCGGCCGCGCACCCCCGCGGAGCCCCCGACACGCACACAAGCACACGCACACGGGGAGGGAGG